AUGGACACAACACUUGUCUACGCUCUUCCCUUUGUGAUCUUGUCAUUUCUGUUUGCUGGAUUGGUGUCAUGUCUCCUCAUCUUGAGAAGAAAGGGAGGAAGGCGUCGCCGUCUUCCAACGUCUUCUGAGCUGCGGAGUAAAGGAAUUCCAGUGAUCGAGAGCACGGAAUUUUGGGUUCCAGGGAAAAUGGGAGAUGUUGUUGGAAUAGAGAUUCAGCCUUCGCCUCGGAUGCCGUUCUCCUUUUCAACGCCAAAACCACCCCAACGUGAAAAAGGGGUGCGUGAGUGUCAAGCCAUCUAAAUGCUAGCCUGCGGCACACGGUGGUUCGUGCGGCUAGCACGAAUCACGCGUGAAAACGUGGCACUUUAAAAAGUGGCGCUUGAACGUACGCCAUCGUUUUAGUUGUUCCAACUUUCAUAUUUCAAUGUGUCGCCUAAGAUACCAUAUUUGUUUCGCGCUCCUCCCUUCGUGGGCGAUUCGCCCUCGCGGUCGUCUCGCACCUCCUUCCGCGCUCCUAACUAACCAAACUUGUCUGGCAAGAAACGCUAUUGCAGACUUGAAAACUUCUUCUCGACAUUGUGUCCGCCCGCUGCUCUUUAGAGAAUGUUAUUAUUUAUUUUUUCACAGAAUCGAGAUGAAGCCCCGAAGCUUAAAUUUUCAAUCCAGUAUCACCAAGCUAGGUAAGACGUCUUUGUGACUUAACCUGCUUGAAUAAUCGCGUACGGGUGUUUCUCUUUCGCGCGUGCAUGUUUCUCGUGCCCUUGCUGAGCACCUGCUUUGUGCAGGCUAAAGAGAGAGCUUUUCAGCUAGCGAUGUUUGUUCAUCCGACGGAGUCAUUUUCCUCUCGCUUUCAAAUCUACAAUUUACAAUUUACGACACGGCUUUUUUUCAACGCAUUAUAAUGACAAAGGUUUUUAAUUUUAUAUAGUGGUUUCCUGGAAGUUCAGCUUAUUGACAUUCAGAACAUAUCUGAGGGCAGUAGCCUUGACGAAGACGACGACGAGUUUUACGACUCAAUCUUCACGUUCGCCGACGUUCAACUCACUCAGCAGGUGAGAAAGUAACAAUGAAACCGGGAGGUCCCCUCUAAAAGAGGUUUGAUAUGUAAAAACGAACAACAAACAGCGCACGGUUUUCGGGGUCUCUUGUGCCCUCAGACUAUUUUCAUCAGCUUUACUCGAAACCCUAAAACAGGGUGACUUUGGCGGCGUUCGACUCGCCAAGAUAUGCUACAUUUUGCUCCGCAAACUUGUGUGACCAUGAGAUUGAGUUAUAAAUCAAGUCCCCAUCUUGGAAGCCAAAAUGACGUAUGAUUGGUGAUUGGCCACAUGAUUGGUUAAUUUGUAUCAGGUGGUGAAAAAUCUAGAAGACUAAUUACUGUGCCCCACAGUGCCCCCGUAUAAGACUUUAUUGGUAUCAAGGUAUGCCAACUUUGUCAACACCGAGAUCAUAAAAAAGGCAUGUGCAAAUGAUCAACUUUCGUUAGCAGCGCGUUAAUAUCCCGCGCAAAAACAAAUGACUAAUUUGCCAAAAAUUUGGAAAAAAUUAAGAAGUUCGAGGAAUAUUUUUAGAGGAAACCAAAAUAAAGUGAGAAACAUUUGAGACUUCUCGAAGGCAAAAAAAUGUUAUUACAGUAGCCAAUAGCAACAAAGGUAAAGUCAACAUAGACUUAAAUUGAACAAAAAACGAACGAAUUGACCGAAGCGCGGGAAAUUUGAAUGGCCAAGAUGCAAUUGGUGCUAAUUUGUCAUGAACCAUUUACAGGGCGAUGUGACGGAAAACUAAUCCAAUCCUGAAUUACUUAUGACACCCAAAGAAAAUUGUUAAAUUUUCAAACUGUAUCGCCUUAGGAAGAGACAAACCAGAGAAUGCGCCUGAUGUCUCGUCGCCGGCGCCGACGUCACAAGUCUUUUGAAAUCGAGAUGAGCUACGAAGAGCUGCAGCUUCAGACCCUCCAGUUCUGUGUUAUGGGAUUUGACCGGUACUCAAGACAAAAGGUUAUCGGUGAUGUGUUAUUACCACUUGCUGAACUUGCGCAGGAGGGUGUUGACAUAACCAAGGAGCUUGUGAUAUGGAGGGAUAUACAAACGAGCCAAUCGGUACUGAAUAGAAUCUGUAAAAGUUUUUAUGAUUCCUUCCUUUAAAAAAAAUUAUAAAGCGGGGGAUUGUGUCGGCUCGAUUAUGCUGCGCCUUCAAGUUGGGGAGUGCAGGCUCAUUUCCUGAACAGCGGCUGCUUAUUGAACCUGGUUCAGGCGUGGUAAAAGAAAUUAUUGGUUCAGGCGUGGUAAAAGAAAUCUGAACGUAAAUAACAAAAUUUCUUGAUGAAAAAUUCCAGUAUUCAUAAAAAGAAAAACCCAUCAACCAAUUCUGUAGGGGAAAUAGAAAUCAUGCAAGUGAGAAAUUUUCACAUCAAAUUUGGGCUUAACAAGCUCACCCCAUCUACGAAAUUCUUACCCUCUGGCAGUUCUACCCCAACUGGCCUUUGAAUCGAUCGGUCGAUACGUGCAUCUAGAUCUCGCCUUUUUAAUCUUUCUUUAAUAUUGACAGUGUUAUUCGCUGUGUGGGGGAGAGGGGAGGGGGGUUAGACAUGCACCCGUAGUUGCUCAGCAUUGUGUUUUUGUUGUCUCUUCCAGGGUUCAUCAGCUCUAAGUAGAAGAAUAAGUAACCUGUCCACUAUAAAAAGUACCAUGCCGGAGAGAGACUGUCAGCCAGGAGCCACAGGACAACCAGCUGAACGCAGAUGCCGUCAGUCAUGA